AUGACGACUGUGCCAGUCAGCGAAGUCAAGAGCACGCACGAUCGCUCAUCCAGAACCGCGGCGCAUUCCCAUAUCAAAGGACUAGGUCUAUCAAGCGAUGGACGCGCAACUCCCUCAGCUGGCGGCUUCGUCGGCCAAGCUGCAGCACGAGAGGCAUGUGGUCUAGUUGUCGACCUCGUCAAGGCGAAGAAGAUGUCAGGCAGAGCCGUGCUACUCGCAGGUGGUCCCGGAACCGGUAAAACCGCAUUGGCAUUGGCUGUGAGCCAGGAGCUGGGUACAAAGGUACCAUUCUGUCCGAUUGUUGGCAGCGAGAUCUACUCUGCGGAGGUCAAGAAGACCGAAGCGCUCAUGGAGAACUUCAGGAGAGCGAUAGGUCUUCGCGUGAAGGAAACCAAGGAGGUCUACGAAGGUGAAGUGACAGAGCUCACUCCUGAAGAAGCCGAAAACCCGCUCGGAGGCUAUGGCCGCACCAUCUCGCACCUCCUCAUCAACCUCAAGUCUGCCAAGGGCACAAAGAAGCUGCGACUCGACCCAUCCAUAUACGAGGCCAUACAGAAGGAGCGCGUCCGUCUGGGCGAUGUCAUCUACAUUGAAGCCAACACGGGGGCCGUAAAGCGCGUCGGACGAUCAGACGCCUACGCGACCGAGUUCGACCUCGAGGCGGAAGAAUAUGUCCCUAUACCCAAGGGCGAUGUGCACAAGAAGAAGGAGAUCGUUCAGGACGUCACCCUGCACGACCUAGAUGUCGCCAACGCGCGGCCGCAAGGUGGACAGGACAUUAUGAGCAUGAUGGGCCAGUUGAUGAAGCCUAAGAAGACCGAGAUCACCGAGAAGCUGAGGUUAGAGAUCAACAAGGUCGUUAACAGGUACAUCGACCAAGGUAUCGCAGACCUAGUACCCGGUGUGCUCUUCAUCGACGAGGUUCACAUGCUCGAUCUCGAGGCAUUCACAUUCCUAAACCGCGCUCUGGAAUCCCCUCUGUCACCUCUUGUCAUCCUCGCAUCUAACCGCGGCAACACACAUAUUCGUGGCGGAGAGAACCUUCCUCCAUCAGCGCACGGUAUCCCGACCGAUCUCCUCGCGCGUCUGCUCAUCAUCCCUACACACCCAUACGGACCCGCAGAGAUCAAGUCGAUUAUUUCCACGCGCGUCACAACCGAGAAGCUCAACAUCUCUGCACCUGCGAAGGAGAAGGUCAGCGCUCUUGGUGAGAAGAUCAGCCUGCGAUACGCGCUGCAACUUCUGGCACCUGCAAGUGUAUUGGCAGAGGUCAAUGGACGGGAGAACAAGCAAAUCGAGGUGGACGAUGUGGAGGAAUGUCAAAGCCUGUUCUUGGACGCCGGAAGGAGUGCGCGAGCACUGGGCGAGACGAACGGAUACAUUUCCUAG